AUGUGAAGUGCAUCUGUGUUCAGCUUUGAAACAUUCAGUUUUGUUCUUCUCUGAUCAUAUCUACUGUCUCUCCUACAUAACUUAUAGAAAACUGUCAACAGGACUUCUUCUGGCUUUCUUCUUGUCACUCUAAUGAAUUCUGCCAUCGCUGGCUGCAGGUGGUACUGCAGAUGUCUGAUCUGAUGGAUAGUUUAGGUUGUUUAUUGCUCCCUGGAAAAUAAUUCAUAUGAGCCUUAUCUGCAUCACAGCAAAUGUUAUUCUCAUGAUUUUCCCCCAAAAGGCCACAAACUCCUCAGAUUCCUGUAAAAAGGCAGGAAUGGAAGGAGGAUGAGACGGACGGGAAGCAUUUCGCUCAGCAGGACUCAAACACUAAAACUGCUUUAAUCUAAUUUAUUCAGAGACUAAACCAUCACCGGGUUUAGUUUACAGGAUCAUUUGUUUGUGAUGCUCAAAGCCAGAAACACAUAAAAUCACAUUUUAAUAUAUUUACAGACAUACUGAGCCUCUCCUGUAGCAAAUCAACACAUCUGCAGACAGACAUGAACCCGUAUUAUUACAGAGCAGAAAUAAAGCAGGUUUCAGCAACAAGAUGAAAACAUAAAACAUGACAUCAAACAUCAGUUACAGUGGCAGAAUAAAUAAAACUGAUGAAUCCAGACCCCAUCUAACUUGUUUCUGAUAAUUAUAUGUCAACAAUACAUUUAUGUUCUGAAUCAAUAAUUAUUGUGGUUAAACAUUUCUAAGCUCUGAAACUUUAAUCUUUCAUCUUUUAUUACAUCUGACAUGUUUUUCUGCUGCCCUCAAAAACUCUAGUUUUAUCUGACAGAUUAUCUUACGGAGCUGCGUGGAGACAAAAUUCAACAUUUAUGCCAUAAAUUAACAAAUAAAGUAUUAAUAAAUGUCACUGUGUUAAUAACCAUUAAAAUCAUUAAGUUUAUUUGUAAAGCAUAUUUCAGCAACAGAGCAUUUCAAAUGACAAAAACACAAAACAAAACAUGAGAUUACAGCAGUAAAAAUAAAAAUCAAAAGUUUCAAUACAAACUAAAAUUUAUUUUAGUUUAUUUCCAGUUAUUAUAAAGGCCCUAAAUGAGUUUGGAUGCUUCAGUCAGGAGGGCCACAUUUGAUGCUGAAGGACAAUUUCUUCCAGUUUGUCUCUGAUUGAGUUUUAAUGAUCAGAUCAUUGAUUAUUUAUCUGGUUCUGAAACCUUAUCAACUGAACAGCACAAACAUCAGGCGCUAAAGCUUUUCUUUCAGAGGUUAAACAUUAGCAGCACCGUGUGUUUGCUCUGAUCCGCUGCAUGAUGGGCUGAAGCAUCAUGGGAGAAACUUUCCUGCUUUCUAUCCAGUUUUCCAAGCCGAGCGUCAAACCAGAGGAAAACGUGGCGAACAACCGGCUGCUUGAAGUUCAUCGUUCACAGAGAGAAAAACGCUUCAGUCAUGUGAUCAUCUGAUUAAUGAGAUCUGUGAUUAUUAAUAACCGUUAUUGUUUCCAGCUGAUGUUUAAAGUCAGAGCUGCUUAUGAAAUGAAGCUGAAUCUGGUUCAUGAUGCAAAGCUGCUGGAAUGAUGGAAACAGUUAAACAUUAAGGAAGUGAAGGAGAGCAAACAGACAGAGAGUCUGUUUCAGAUAAGGACAGGCUCAGAUCAGACAUGAGUCACCGCAACUCAGGCAACCGUUGCCUCAACUGUGGACUGGAGAAAGGCAGAGGCAACGUCUGAGCUGCCGGAUGUCUGAACUUCUCUGUGGCUCCAAACAUGGCGGCAACGAGGGAAACGGACUAGAGACUGACUCGUUCAGCUUCCUGAUGAAUGACUCGUUCAGUUACUGACUCGUUCAGCUUCCUGAUGAAUGACUCGUUCAGUUACUGACUCGUUCAGCUUCCCGAUGAAUGACUCGUUGAGUUACUGACUCGUUCAGCUUCCCGAUGAAUGACUCGUUCAGUUACUGACUCGCUCAUUACCUGGCUUGUUCAGAAACUGACUCAGAAACUGUGGAAUGACUGACUCGUUCAUUAACUCGCCCACUGCUCCUCUCUCCCUGCUGUGUUCAGUUCUGGUGAAGCUGAUCUGGGAUCUGCAGACGUUCCUGUCGGUUCUCGACUCGGAGAACCUGAGCUACAUCGCUCAGGCGCAGAAGAAGUCGAUCUCAGAGCUGCUGUUCAAACUGCAGACACCUGACGCUCCAGUGGAAGAUGCUGAGUACAUGGUGAUGAGCUGUCCAUCGUUGUCGCUAGGCAACGAGCUGGAUGACUCACCUGGGACAGAUGCAGUUUGGUCGUCAGAGCUGAUCUCACAUCAGGACCCGUCGGACUGGAUGAAGAGCGGGGGCCCCACCGUCCCUCCUCAUCCUCCAGGUGGGCUUGGCGGUGACGAUGAAGAGGACACGUACGAGGAAGCAGAACCUUACGUAGCGUCUGAAACCAACACAGAGAGGCCGGAGUCAGAGAGCAGUCACUACGAAUCAUACGGUGAGGAAAACGAUGAUGAGGAUGAAGGAGGCGGCCUUGUGAAGGACAGAGCUCACUACAUCCAGUGGAGCACCUCCCAGAUCAGUCUGCGGCCCACGCCGGAGUCCCGGCUCUGUGGGUACCUGUGGAGGAGGAAGUGGCUCGGACAGUGGAGCAAGCAGCUCUUCAUCAUCAAGAACGACAUGCUGCUGUGCUAUAAAUUUGCUCGGGAUCUGCUGCCCCAGCUGGAGUUGAACCUUCACGGCUGUCAGAUUGUCUACAAGUCGAAGAGCAGCGCUAAGAUCCAGCACCAGCUCAAACUGGUCCCAGUGGGCUCUGAGUCUCUGGUUCUGGGCUACAGCAGCUUCCAGCAGGCGGAUGAGUGGAGGAAGGUGAUAGAGGAGGUGAGCGCUGGAGGUGAAGUGGAAUCUCAGAGCUUCUCCUCUCUGAGUAAAUCUGAUCUGCGAUUGUCCUGCAGGUCCAGUGCAGUUCUUACUGACUCUGAUGAGGAGAAACCUUCAACUUACUGCAGCCUCAACAGAGACAAAGGGUUCCUGAACGUCCUGAUGAACUGCCAGUGGCAGAGUUUACAGUGUCAGGUGGAGGACGGCGUCCUCAACAUGUUCGGAGAGGAGAUGGAGAAAGACGAGGAGGAAGAGGUGAAGCGGUCGCCUCAGUACACGGUCCAGCUCCGAGGCUGUGAGGUCAGAGACGACCCAGACCGCUCCUACAGGAUCACACUGAGCAUGCUCGGUGACCAGGUGGCCGUGCUGGAGGUGAGCUCAUUGGAGGAAAAAGAAAAUUGGCUGAAGCUGCUGCAGGACGGAGCUGCCAGUCGUGGUUACCAUGACAACAAGACUCAAGAGAACACAGGUGGCGCCCUCAGCGGGUUGCAAACGCGCCGGUUCCCAACCUCCAACGCCUACAUGGACGACCCGUUCUGCCUUACCAGAACCACCAGCAGCCAGCCCCUCUACUCCAACGCCGCUCCACAGAAAGCCCUGCGGCACGGCUCUCAGGAUUCAGUUCACCGUAACUCAGUGUCGUCCAGAGAAUCGGUGACCUACAGCAACACGGUGCUGAGCAGCAGCAGCUGGAUGGGGCCGGCGGUGCAGCGCGACGUCCAGAAGCUGAAGCUGGUCGACACGCCGGCGGUGCAGCUGAGAACCGGGUCUGAAACCAACCUGGCACCUGCUGUGAAGCAAAACAAGCGCACCUCCUUCAGGCAGUCUCUGGCCAUCUGCACUGAGCGCGCUCAGGCGGGCUUCCUGAACCCUCUGCUGCGGCGGACGGCCUCGGCCAAGAACUCGCUGAGACGAGCUCCUUCUGCGCUCUUCAUCGAACACGGGAAGGUUUUCCAGAGGAAGAAGGAAUGGGAGACCAAAGCUGCUGCCUGACGUUUUCCUCCUCAUCAGCAUCCAUCAGGCCUGCAGGCGGCGGAGAAGCUCUGCUCUGAUUGGCUGCUUGGACUCUAAUAAUUCAGACUGGUUAAAGGUGACCAACUGGGCCAACUGGACCAACUGGACCGACUGGGCCAACUGGGCCAACUGGCUCACUGUUUAUUAUAAUCAAGAACAAAAUAACUUUCCAUGAUUCAUUUCUCCUGGGUCCAGUUAAGUUUUUAUUUGUCUGAACUGCUGGUUCUGGACUCAAUCUGCUCCUGCAACACGCGGUCCAGUGCCUGGCCCUUUAAGGCUGCCGUCCGCCUGCUUCUGAUUGGCUAAGGGGUGGGAACAUACGGCCAUAUAAGGACAUGCCAAAGUUGGAAAAGUUGCCUAAUUAGAGAUUAAUUGAGGUCAGUUUACUCUUCAACUAAAGCAGGGAAAUGCCCUCAGCCUCAAACUACCAGGGGCCAGGGGCCCAGGGUGCCAGGGGCCCAGGGUGCCAGGGGCCCGGGGUGCCAGGGGCCCAGGGUGCCAGGGGCCCAGGGUGCCAGGGGCCCAGGGUGCCAGGGGCCCGGGGUGCCAAGACAAACAAAUUUAUCAUAAUUAUAAUAGUUAGACAGUAACUAACUAUUUAUUCAGAAGUAAAUAAAAAGCAUUGGAACAUCAUGUUAUUAUUAGUGAUUUACUAAAGUUUAUUUAAAAAAUAAUUUGAAUCACUGAUGAACUGAAGAUCAAUGGAAAAUGUAUCUCCAUAAAUGUUUUAUAUAAAGACACAAAUAUGCUUGUUAUGGUAAAGUAGGAUAUGAAACAUGAUCACUUUUAUGUACUGUAAAAAACACAACCACCUGCAGUCAUUUACUGGAUGAACGAAGUCGGUGUGUUUUUGGGGCCUGUUUCGCCCCGGGCCCCAGAAUCACUAGAUCUGCCCCUGGGGACCAAAAUGUGGAGCCACAACUUUAGAAAUGUGUCAGAAAAUUGCCAAAAUACAGAACAUGAAAAGGAAAGUAUUGACAUUUUGUUGAAAAACAACAGAAUCUCUGAGCAACAACAACAACAACAAACAAACAAAAACACUUUUGGUUGUUUUUGUUGCUCUGGAAUAUGUUUUUAAGUUUUGUUUUUCAGUUAACGAGUUUCCUAACAGAAGAAACAAUCAAAUAACCAGAUAAUUAAUUUAUGUAGGACUAAUAUGAUGUUUUAAUUAACAGCAAAAAAACCCCUAAAAAUUCCUUUUAAACUUUGUGUUGUUAGUUUAUAAGAUUCUUCCAGGACCAGAACCGACGACCCGGUUCUGGAUCUUCAUAAACAUUGAUCCGUUUUACCGGAAGCAGCUGAUUGGAGCUUUUUCUCAGGUUCUGUGAUGAGUUCAGGUGCUGCAGGAAAACCAGGAGAACAGAAACUCAAACCAUUUAUCGAAUCUUUUCUGAACAUUUUCAAGAUACAAAGUUUGUAGAAAACUUGAUUUUAUGAACUGUUUAAUGUUUAACUGUCCCCGAAAAGAAAACAGCUCAGCGUCCAGGAGGAACGUCAUCUGGUUGCCAUGGAAACCCGCUUCCGGGAUGGAAACCGUUUGGCUCACAGCUGCCAUUAAAAACAGGAAAACAGAAAAUCAGGGUUUCUGAUGUAGCUGCAGUGACCAGUGGUGGCCACAGGGGGCGCCAGAGUCCGGAGACUUUAACGUUAAAGCAUUUCCUGCUGUUUAGUUUUCAUGUUUUAUUUUUCAUUUCUCAGGCAGAAUCGCUGAUCUUCUCUGUUCUUAUUUUAAUAAAUAUUGUAACUAUUUUCAUUAUGUACUGAUCAGCACAAUGUAAUAACUGAUGAUUUAUAUUUACCAGGAAGAAAUCCUUUCUGUAGCAUUUUUUAUAUUUACUGUUCUUUAUACUCAGGAGAAAGUUUCUGUUUGAGCAAACACUGAUCUGUAAAAAUUAAAAUCUGAGUGGACAAUAUUCAUCUGUGGAGUUUUUAUUUAGUUUAAAGUUACACAAUCAAACAUUAACAGAAAUGAUUUGAGUUAUUUAGUCAUAAAGAUGAAACAAAAGAAGAAGAGAAGUGAUGGAAACGCCGUGAGUUCAUAUU